ACAUGAAGGUGUGCAUCAUUGGAGCGGGGGUCAUCGGCCUCUCCACGGCUCAGAGCAUCUACCAGCACUUCCACGGCCGGGUCACCCCUCUCACCAUAGAGGUGUAUGCGGAUGUCUUCACUCCACUCACCACCAGCGACGGGGCAGCUGGACUCUGGCAGCCGUAUCUAUAUGACAAGGGGAACGUGCAAGAAACUAAAUGGAACAAAGAGACAUUUGACUAUCUACUAAGCUUCCUCAGCUCUCCAGAUUCAGUUCAAAUGGGAAUCUUUCUCCAGUCUGGCUACAACCUGUGCACUGAACCUAUGGCGGACCCCUCAUUUAAAGACACUGUGUUGGGCUUUCGCCAGCUAACUAAACGUGAACUAGAUAUGUUCCCGGGAUACAGUUUUGGGUGGUUCAACACUGCUCUCAUGAUUGAAGGAAAGACAUACCUGCCCUGGCUUAUGGACUGGUUAGGACAAAGAAAGGUUAAGUUUUAUCAGAGGAAGAUUGGUUCAUUUCAAGAGUUGGCAGAUAGUGGUGCGGAUGUUAUCAUCAACUGCUCUGGUGUCCGAUCAGGAGACCUACAACCUGAUCCUGAGCUCAAACCAGGAAGAGGGCAGAUCAUUAAGGUAGACGCUCCCUGGUUAAAGCACUGGAUCCUCACACAUGAUUCCUCAUCAGUCUACAACUCACCAUACAUCAUUCCUGGGAGUCGUUUAGUCACUGUGGGUGGAGUUUUCCAAGUAGGAAACUGGAAUCUGCAGAACAGUUCUGUUGACCAUAGAGGCAUUUGGGAAGCCGCCUGCAAGCUUGUGCCCAGUCUACAGAAUACACGGAUAGUAGAGGACUGGACUGGUCUCAGGCCCGCACGCAGCAAAGUUAGACUGGAGAGAGAGACCGUGCGAUCUGAACCACGCGCUUUUGAGGUCAUCCAUAACUACGGACAUGGAGGUUUUGGACUGACCAUCCAUCGUGGAUGUGCUGAGGAAGCUGCUCGGCUCUUUGGACAGAUCCUGGAGCAGAAAGGCUUGCUAGCACACUCUAAAUCACGCCUGUAAUAAUAGAUUUGGGCCUCUGGACAGUGUUAUCCAUCUCUUGAAUUGUCGCUAAUCUAAUAACCGAUGUCAAAUUGAGAUGCAUAAUACAUUUGACUACAUUUAUCUGC